AUGGCCCGUCCGUUGCUCUUGCUCAGCCUCGGCCUCCUGGCCGGCCUGCUGCCGGCGCUGGCCGCCUGCCCCCAGAACUGCCAUUGCCACGGAGACCUGCAGCACGUCAUCUGUGACAAGGUGGGGCUGCAGAAGAUCCCCAAGGUGUCAGAGAAGACCAAGCUGCUCAACCUACAACGCAACAACUUCCCGGUGCUGGCCGCCAACUCGUUCCGGGCCAUGCCCAACCUCGUGUCGCUGCACCUGCAGCACUGCCAGAUCCGCGAGGUGGCCGCCGGCGCCUUCCGAGGCCUCAAGCAGCUCAUCUACCUGUACCUGUCCCACAACGACAUCCGUGUGCUGCGCGCCGGCGCCUUCGACGACCUGACGGAGCUCACCUACCUCUACCUGGACCACAACAAGGUGACCGAGCUGCCCCGGGGGCUGCUCUCCCCGCUGGUCAACCUCUUCAUCCUGCAGCUCAACAACAACAAGAUCCGGGAGCUGCGCGCUGGCGCCUUCCAGGGCGCCAAGGACCUGCGCUGGCUCUACCUGUCGGAAAAUGCGCUCACUUCGCUGCAGCCCGGCGCUCUGGACGACGUGGAGAACCUCGCCAAGUUCUACCUGGACAGGAACCAGCUGUCCGGCUACCCCUCAGCCGCCCUCAGCAAGCUGCGGGUGGUGGAGGAGCUGAAGCUGUCCCACAACCCCCUGAAAAGCAUUCCCGACAAUGCCUUCCAGUCUUUCGGCAGAUACCUGGAGACCCUCUGGCUGGACAACAGCAACCUGGAGAAGUUCUCGGACGGUGCUUUCGUGGGUGUGACCACGCUGAAACACAUCCACCUGGAGAACAACCGCCUGAACCAGCUGCCCUCCAACUUCCCCUUUGACGGCCUAGAGACCCUCACCCUCACCAACAACCCCUGGAAGUGCACCUGCCAGCUCCGGGGUCUUCGGAGGUGGCUGGAAGCCAAGGCUUCCCGCCCUGAUGCCACUUGCGCCUCACCCGCCAAGUUCAAAGGCCAGCAUAUCCGUGACACCGAUGCCUUCCGCGGCUGCAAGUUCCCCACUAAGAGGUCCAAGAAAGCCGGCCGCCAUUGAACAGGUGGGGCACGGGUCCUGACUCAGCCGGUCCUGGUGACCGGCCUCUGCCUCCAGCUGGAGAAACUACUGACCUUCCCAUCUCUGACCCCCACCUCUCCCCACAGCCUCUGCUGAUGCACAGAGCUGUUCACACCUAGACACGUCCUGGCAGGGGGACUCGGGCACUCCAGCACGAACCCAGCUCCCCCUGACGGUGAGAGCUCCAUCACGCCUGGCCCCACCGCCACGGCUCCUCUCAGAGAAGCUAUUGCCAAGACCCCAAGUCCUUCAGAACCAGAACCCGAAUCCUCCUUCCCUUUGCUCCCCUGGCCUUGCCCUUUGGAAAUGAAUACCAGAUCUUUGCCCUUCUCCUUUCGUCCAGAAAGGGUCUUGAGUCCAUACCCCAACUCCGCCAGCCCCCUGCCUGCCAGGACACUCUAGCGGGAUACUGGUGCUUUGCCGCAUUACCCUCCCAUGCUGCCCUUCU